GUGAAAGUGAUGUGGCCAAUGUUCAUAUAGAGUUCAGCUGUCCUGCAGUGAGCAUCUGGAUAUGAUGAAGAGUUUUCAGUCUUCAUAUUUCCUACUUCUAUAUCUUCUAAUAGCCUCUUUAUUAGAAUGCGAAGUGGCGACACAGAGACGCUGCAAGCAGGUUCAUCAGUUGAACAUAAACUGUAUUCAGGGUGACAACAUGUCUGUUUCUUGCCUAACCACAACCCACCCGCUGCAGUCUCUAACAGUGAAACUACGCAGGACGAACCAAGAUAAAGACAUCCUCAUGUAUCCAGACAUUUCUCCAGCAUCAGAGCGCCAGAGAUGGUCUGUGAGGAAAGAUGCUGGAAAUGUUACACUUGGUCUGAAAGACAUCAAAUUAUCCGAUGAUGGCCUUUAUGACUGUCAGGUCUACAAGGGUCAGGACUGCCUUCAUGAAACUCGAUUUAACCUGAAAGUCAAAGAGUGUAAAACUUUGGACUCUGUCCGUCCAUCACCAGGCUCAUCUGUGUUGCUGCCAUGCUCUGAACAUCCUCUCCAAAACAGAGCAGAACGAAUCACUUGGGAAGUUGUUAAUGGUCACCAAACAACUGAAAUAACUCGAUAUCGGCAUCCAAACAUACCCUCAAGCAGCACAGAGAAACUUCUGCAGCCUUUAUAUAAGAGAGCAAGACAACUAAAGAACGGAUCUCUGCUUAUAAGGGAUGUAGUUCACAUCGAUGAAUUGUGGUAUCGGUGCAGAGUGAAUGAAAAAACUUGCUAUGAAGUGAAGCUUCUGAUGAAUGUCAUCAUAGAUGCUCCAAACCCAGUUGACAGUACAACUAGCCAAACCGAAGACAACAACAGUGAUGAGAGUGAAACAUUGACAACUAAUCUGAACAGCGACGAGAGUGAAACAGUGACAACUAAUGUGACAGUAGUAGUGAUAACCAUAAUAGUGUCUCUGUGUGUCCUUAUAUCACUGACUGUCAUUCUUUAUUUGAAAAGACCAAGACCCAAAAUUGACAACCAAAUUGAAGUGAACCACCAGACUUCUGUAAAUUAUUCUGACAAUUCUGAAGUGUUGGAUGAGCCUGUGUAUUCUACAGUUCUACAUGCCAGAAAACAUAACCACCUCUGGCGUAAACAGACAGAAGCUCCUGCAUGUAAUAGAGACAACAUCUAUGACAACAGAGUGCUGUGAAAUAAAU